AUGGCGCCACGCGUCGCUCCAGCCUGCGUCGCUCUCCGCCGGCUUCCCUUCUCGCUCUGGUGGCGACGCGCGCGCCAAGCUCGCCGGCGCAGGCCACCGGUCAUCGCGUACGCCGGCCACGCGCCCGCAGGCGGAAGCGCCCGCGUGAGAUCGGUCGACAUCGGCUCGCUGACGCCCGCAUCUUUCUUCGCCCGGUUCGUCCGCACGCGCACGCCGGUGCUCGUGCGCGGGCUGCCGCCCGAGCUCGCUGGUCGUGCGGACCUGGUCGAGCAGCUCCGCGCCGCGGCGGCAGACGAGCCGGUCCAGGUCGAGGAGCGGCGCUGCCCGGAGGGUCGCGCGUUCGGGCGCGGGUGCAAGGUUGCGAUGCGCUUUGGCGAGCUCGUCGACCGCAUCGAGGGCGGCGAGACCCGCCU